GCUCACUUUAAGAAAAGGGUUCUGCUCCAAGUUUCCAAACCUUUUUCUUCAUAGCAAACCCUGCUUUGGGUUAAUUGUGAUUGUGUUACGUUGUUCCAUUUCAAUUUGGUUGAGCACCACUUUGACCCGCUUUUUGUGUUGCUACAACAAAGCCCCACACACUCACACACUCUCUCUCUCUUCACAUGAUGCAAAUGCAUUUUACAAAAGCAGAGAUUUUUUAAAAAUGGAAGAAAACUCUUUCUUUUGCGUACAUUCGCAGGAAGAAAAAGAAAAGGAGAAAGAAAUAAAACUCUGACCGAGACAUUACUUUCACUUCGUCAGAGAGAGAGAGCACCGCAUUCAAAAAAAUUCCCCUUUUCUUCUUGUCCUUGCACUCUGCAAAACAAGACAACAAACACAUCAUUUCCUUCUUAAAAAUUCCUUCUUUGUCUCCAACUCCAUAACCUCAGAUUCCUUUUGUUUCCGUCUUUGUUGCUCAGAAGUCAGAACCUUCUUUAACUUGCUGAAAUUUUCAAUUUUGGGCUUGUUUGAUCACUUUAACGUGAUAUGGGUUUGCACUAAAUUAGCCCACCUCUAAUUUUCAAUUCUUUCAUUAUCUUUUUUCUUUUCUUAUUGGCUAAUGGGGGUUUUUUUCCUUUCUGAAUUUCAAGUUAUGUAGUAUGUAUAUGCCUCUCCGGAUUCUCAAUUGCCCAGUAAUUGGAAUAUAAUUUGGUUUUGAAAUUUCUGCAUAGUGAAAAUCUUCUUGAUCAUUUUAGCAGUAGCUGUUAUUAUGGGUAGUGGUAAUGGUAGAGUUGAUGUUGUGAGUGGCAAGGGAUGCUCAAGGCUGUUUUCAUCUUCGUUCAGAGCUCUGCAGCCAUUGGAGCCAAUGUCUUCUGUUUCGUCCUCCCCACAUAUUCGAUCAAAUGCUCCUUUUGCUGGUCUUGUUAUAUGCGUUACUGGGCUAUCCAAAGAAGCACGGAAUCAAGUCAUGGAGGCAACAGAAAGAUUAGGUGGCCAGUAUAGCCCCAAUUUGCAUCCACAGUGUACCCAUUUGGUGGUUCAGAGUUUUGGAGGACGCAAGUUUGAGCAUGCGCUAAAGCAUGGAGCAAAAAACGGUCUCUUUGUUGUCACACUGGGUUGGUUCGUGGACAGUGUCAGGAAAAAUGUGAGGUUGAGUGAGUCCCAUUACAGUGUGAAGAGUAAUGUGGACAAUAACACACGCUUGGAUGACUUUAAACUGCUUCCUGGGUAUACCGGUGCCGAAAAUUCUUGUCUUCCAGCAAGUCUACGUGAGACCAAGAACGUUGAUAAUGUUGAAGAAUUUCAAAGAUCUUCUGGUAGAAAAUCUAAUAGAAGUGUGGACUUCACUUUAUCUGGUUACUCCAUCUAUAUUGAUCCAGGAAUUUCAUGUGAAUUGAGGAACAAGGUUGUUGAUACUGCCACGAGAGAAGGUGCUAGUCUGACGGAACGAUGGUUUGUUGGCUGCAAUGUUAGUCAUGUAGUGACUGAAGGGACAUUCGUACAAAGAUAUCUUGGAUAUUCGAGUAACCUCAUCACACCACUGUGGAUUCUCAAAACAGCCAAGGAGAAAUAUGCACAAAGGCUUGUUCAUAUGUCUGCUGAUUUGGCAAAGCAAGUUGGAUUGAUGCUUGAAGACAUUCAUAAUGGCAUUUUAAGGGAGGAAAUAAAGAAGCAAAAAGACAAUGAAGUUCAUCAGGGCAGUGAAAGUGAAUAUAGUUACCACGAGAGGCAACAAAUAGUGAAUGCUGCAAAAAUUGGUGUAAGAAGUCGCCGUGGUAGGCAAAUGCAGACUUGUCAGACUCCAAUUCGUCCUAUAACUCCUAACAACCUUCUAGACUCUAUCAGCUGGUCUAUAUCCGAGCCAACUUCAGCUGCUUCCAUCUACACAGAUUCUUUCAGUGUUGAAGAUCAUACUGAAAAUCAUAAUACUUCAAUAUUUCUUGGUGCAAAAGGGGAUGGCAAGGACUCAGAAGCUUCAUUUUCAAACUCCACUCGUCAUCUGACCGAAAGCGAGAAAUCAGAGUUGAUAUUUAAAAGCCAUUUUCUCACCAUACUCUUCCCAAUCGACCGAUUUGCCGAGAUGGGUCCUUCUUCACAAACUUUCUUCAGCCAUAAUGGUUUUACAUGUCUUCAGGUGUUGGAUCAUAUCCAUGCAUUUUAUCAGGAGAAUAUGUCAAACCAAGAAAUAGAAGCUGCAAUUCAUACCGAUUCACGACAUGCUGAUAGGCUUAGAUCAGUGUACCGCAGUAAAGAAACUGCAGAGCGUGGCUUUGUGUUGUUCAAACGCAUUGAAUUUUUGGGAAGUCGCACUAGUUUUGAAAUGUUGAAGCGUGUAACUGGGGACAACAACUCCAAUGUGUAUGAGCUAUUACUUAGGGCUUAAGGUAUAUGAACCAAGUUAGAAUGGCCAGUUCAGGUAACAUGCAAAGUUUUUUUUUUUUUUUUUUCAAUGUAUAAUUAGUCUUGAUGGCAUUUAAGAAUUUUAAGUGUUGCCAAAUUAUUUGAAUGUUGUUAAGAUGUAUAUGGGAACAAGUGUAAGUUCAGGUGUAGGAAUAAUAACUGUUUCGUACUCAAGUGAUAAAUUGAAUUCACAUCAAAUUGUUAAGUUAUACAA